UGCAGCGCAGAGCGGGAUCAGCUGAUGGGAACUGACUCACCGCCACUUCCCGGAUCCUGUGUAGAAAAGUCAGCGAGCAGUUUUCACGGGAGAAGGAGAAAGAAAAACCCCAGACACGUUUCAGAAGAUCUGAAUCGUGAGGAGGAUCAGCUGUUUCCGGUGGUCUGGAGGUCCGGAGGUCCGGAGCAAGUUCCUCCAAAGUUCCCAGCUACACUGUGCAGAUCCACCUCCCUGAAAAAAGACUCAAUACAAACAGAUUCUGCGGCGGUCGCGUGAGUCCAUGGCGGCUCACGUUUGAGAUCCGCUCAGGGACCCAGAUCCAAGAUGUCCGUCGGCGGCCGGGCCUCCUCCUCCGCCCUCCUGCUGCCUGAUGGGAGGGAAGCCGCGGGGCUGCGGGUCGACCCGGCCGACGUUCCCGCCCUGGAGAUCAAGCUGGGAGCGCUGGCCGUGCUCCUGUCCGUCACGCUGCUGUUCGGCUUCGCGCCGCUCUGCCUCGUCCGGGGGACGGGCCGCUGCAGCGUGGACCCAGACCUGCGACGCCGACUGCUGAGUCUGAUCAGCUGCUUCGCUGGGGGAGUUUUCUUGGCCACCUGCCUGUUGGACCUGCUGCCGGACUACCUGCAGGCCAUCGACCAGGCCUUCAGCAGCGCAGGGAUCUCACUCCAGUUCCCUCUGCCUGAGUUCAUCGUGGCCAUGGGCUUCUUCCUGGUGCUGGUCCUGGAGCAGGUGGUCCUGGCCUUCAAGGACCAGUCGUCCUUCUACGUGGAGGAGCGUCGCUCUCUGCUGGUGGACUCCGGCGUCCAGGCGAACGACAGGAGUCAUCAUCAUCAUCAUCACCGCCGCCGAGGCUCGGAGGAGGCCGAAGGCGGCCACUUCCACGUGGACUUCGGCUCCCAGUCGGCCCUGCGAGCCUUCAUCCUGGUCUUCUCUCUGUCUCUGCACUCGGUGUUUGAGGGUCUGGCCGUGGGGCUGCAGGAGGAGGGCAAGGAGGUGCUGGAGAUCUGCAUGGCGCUGAUGAUCCACAAGAGCGUCAUCUCCUUCAGCCUGGCCUUUAAGCUGUUCCAGAGCCGGCUGCGGCGCACCGUGGUGGCCGGCUGCCUGCUGCUGUUCGCCGCCAUGUCCCCGCUGGGUAUCGGCCUGGGAAUCUGCCUGACGGAGACCCGGGCGCAGCCGCAGCACCAGCUGGCGCGCUGCUCGCUGGAGGGGCUGGCGACGGGAACCUUCCUCUACAUCACCUUCAUGGAGAUCCUGCCGCACGAGCUCAGCUCCCCCAGGCACCGCCUCCCCAAGGUGGCCAUGCUGCUGCUGGGCUUCGCCGUGGUCACCGCCGUGCUCUUCAUCAAACUGUAACCACGGCAACGCAGGCGUUUGGCUUGAAAGAGUUCACACAGUCACGAGACACGAGCGAGAAGCUCACAGACCCUGUCAACUGACCAAUCGACUGACCAAUCAACAUGUUGAAAAAAUAAUAAAACAGUUUUAUUAAAACACGAUUUCUGUCCCUUUAAACAUCAGUCACAAAGAAAGCAGGCGACUGCAACAGGGAACGCAUUUUGUGGAGAUAAGGACGUUUGUUUUCAAGAAAUUGACGAAAAUCCACAAUAUUACCCAGAAGAGUCGCCACGGGCACAACGUCGCCACGAUCUCGUUUUUUUUCUUUUCUUCUGAUCUGAUUGCUCAGUAGUUUGGGUCGCUGACAGGUUUUAAAGUGAGAGGUUCAAGCAUCGGUUGCCGUGGUGAUUUACCUCGGUAACGAGUGAACCAGCGAGUUCAAAAACGUUACCGUGGUAACCACGGAUGCCGCUUCACACUACAGGCUCCAGAGGAGCGGAGGCCAACGCCUGCUUUGAUUCGGUUUAUAUCUUUCUGAAAUGGAUUUAAUGAGCUGAAGGAAAUAUUCUUCAACAAAGGAAAAUUACAAAGAAAUGUUUUUAUUUUAGUAAUCACAAAGUAUUUACUGUUCAGAAUCACCGUGUGAAAAUCUUGUUAUAUAUUAUGAUGAACAUCAUUCAGUUCACAGACAAGAGAUUCUGAAUUCUGCUUUUAAAUGUCCUUUUCUCUUCAAUUGAUUAUAAUAUUUUUAGAUUUUAACUUUUAUUAUUAGUACUUUUAAUAUUAGUAUAGUAACCCGACAUCUUAUUUUGGGAGAAUAUUUUUUUGUAGAUGAUUCUGGAAGCAGCAGUUUGAACCAGAAGGAAAUUUGUGAACAAAACAUUUUAAUAAACACAUUAUAUAAAUGA